UUUGGUUCUUGUGGUGCUCUGUGGGCGACUAAACACCACUGUGUCCCUACAGCCAGACGCUAGUGCUACCUGCUUGAGAUGCCAUAUACCCCGCCCUCUCGCAGCGUCUCCAAAAACUCCAGCAAUUCCGUGCUAGCCCCAACAAAGAAAAAUACAGCUGAUUUGGCAACGGCAACGGCAACGGCAACGGUCAACAACAGCACCAAUGACAGCGGUUCGGCAAGCAACGACGAGGCCGGCGGCAGCAGUGACAAUGGUGCCGGUGGCGGCAGCAAGCUGGAGGCAUCCCGGACCGGCACUCACAGCGGAGUGUCGUCCGUGAGCUCGCUGCGGCAGAAUGCAUUCCACAAUUUCAUGAAUCACCAGAACGACUCGUUCCACAACCUGAACAGCAACUCGAGAAGCAAGUUCUACCUUUUGGACAACAACUCGGAUUCGUGCGACAGUCUGGAGAACACCGGGUCGGAAUCCAACGGUGCGUCGAUGUCCGACAUCGUCCCCAUCCAGCACUCUGACUCCCUCCCUGCGAGAAACACAAUCGCUCACCCGGCUCUCCACAUGAAGAUAUUGCCAUCGAAAGCCGCCUCAAACCCUUCGAUCCCGACUAAAGACUGUGAUGUCCAGCUUCCGACAAAUGCCUCUCUGGAAGACGACCUUCUGAAGUUCACCACUGAGUCGACACUAUCCUAUUCCUAUACCCCAGUGUCAAUCAAUUCGCUAACUAUGCGUUUGAACGUUCUCAAAAGAUCAUUGGAAAUCCUCUUGGAAAACCCCGAUUGGUUAAACACCUCGUUAGAGUCAUUUCCGGACUACAACAUUCAUAUCGACAACCCGAAGUCUGUGGCUGGGGCAAAUCUAGAUGCGUCCAAAUUCAAAGACUAUUUGAGGAUAGAGAAAAACGUUUCAAGCUCAACGUUGCAAACGUUGAUCCAGAGUGCCAUCUCUUCAGAAAAAAACAACAGCAUUUUGAGUAAUAGCAGUAAUAGCAAAGCAUCAGCUGCAUCUCCAUUGUCGACAUCGGUAGACUCUGUGAAAUCGAAUUUAACAGACUCAUUGGUAAUAACACCCAUCAAUCCCCCCUUUGCUAACGACAACACUAGGUCGAACUCAGUAUCAUCUAUCACGUCAACUACUUCUAUAAGUCUGAAUAGUAUGAUCAUGAAAGACUUACAUGAAAUACUAAACUUGUUAGAUAGCUUCGAAAAACAUGGUUUGGAGCUUUCGAGCGAUAUCAAAGACAAAGUGCUGAAUUUACAUAAUCUCUCACUAUUCAAUUCAACGGAUGACAGUAGUCGGAAAAACAUCCUUAAGAUCAAAAUCUUGCAUGCUCUUGCCACCCCUUUCAUAGAACAAAACUCCACUCAAACAUUGGCAGGUCUCCCAAUAAUGAAAUCAUCUAAUAGCACUUUGGGUCUAUCUGGUAUGUCAAAUGGAAAUAUAACAAACCUUGAUCCCACAAAAAACCUCAUUAAUAACUCAUCACGUCAGUUUCACGCAUCCUCAAAUGCCAAGACAAAAUCUCCCAAGGCAGUCUUCACAGUUUCCACAGAAUCACCUUGGGAUCUACUAAAUGCAAAUGAUCUUGGUUUAUUGAUGUUCGGUUUUUCUAAAUCUUCUUUAAGAAAAAUGAAAUUACUAGACCUGAUUGCCCCAAGAUCAAGAGAUCUAGUUAUCAAUCGGCUUUACCGGAAUACUUCUCUGGUGUUUUCUGGUGAGAUCAUCGCGGUCAAAAGAGAUAACCAAAGUUUAGCAUGGACUUCGGUGUGGGCUAAAAGGAAAAGCAAUUUGAUUAUUUUGAUUUUCGAGCAGGUUGUUUGUGAGACAAUUGAUAUGGUGAUUGAGAAACGGCAUAGUUUCGGCUCAGAUUUUAUCAUAGGAGAUGUCUCAAAGCAAAAUAAGUCUUUGUAUGAGAAAGAUUUGAAAGCUGCCGAAUUGUCAUCUAUUUUACCAUCACUUUCUUCAGUACUAAAGAAUAGUUCAGAAGGGUUUUUCAGUGAUGAGGAUAUCACAAGUUCUCAUGAUUCAAAAACAAUCAACAAAAUCAGAUAUUUCACUUUAAAGCGAGAGAACGGUAAAUUCGUUCCUUGCGCUAUCACAAGUGAAUCUCUGGAUAUCGAUGUUGCAAAUGAAGAUUCUAAGGAUCUCAGAUCUUUGGUGAGGCUCAACUUGCACUCCCUGCCAUAUAUUGCAGGGUCAAUAGUAAUUUCUUCAAAAAAUUACCGAAUAGAAAGCUUCAACGAGGCAAUAGCUAAAAACUUAUUUGGUACUGCCGAUUUAAAAAAUCAAUCGAUAGAUAUCAUUUUACCUGAUUUUACAAAUCUCAUAAAACUUGCACUAAAGGAAAAUCCAAACUUAAAUUAUCAAGAAGGCUUGGUUUUACCUGAACAUUAUUUUAGGAAACUAUAUUCCUGGUCUCAAUGUUCGACAGAAGAGGAGAAAGAGCUAAUGUUUCUACGUUGUGCAGGUAUUAGAGGGUGUCAUAAUGAUGGUAAUACCAUCACUGUUGAUAUUCAACUCCACGUAGCAAAUACCAACAUGUAUGUAAUUUGGAUUACAUUCGGUAGAUCAUAUUCAACAAAGGCAAACGACACCACCACGCCAACGGCAACCAUAACAGCUCCGCUAAUCACUGAUGACCAUACCGGAACUGCUGAAACUAAUCACAGUAACGAUGACUCCAUGGACUCAAAUGGUAUCCCUUCACAGCUAAAAUUAUUGGAUACACAUUAUCACCUAGAUACGGAUUCUCAAGGUUCUAACUCCACAAGUAUGAGUAGGUCCAGCAGUGCGCACACAAUCAACCAAUCCGGUUCAUUAUCUCCUAGUACUCCGAAAGCAAAUAAGCUGAAGUCACUAACUAAACUUGCUCAAGGUUCAUCUAGCGUAAGCAGCAACUCUGGUGAACAUUCCCCGGUACAAAAUUCCACUAUUUUAUCACCUGAUAGUGUCAAACCGGUGACAUUUGGCAUGUCUUCGCAGAUGACUUGUGCAGAGCAUCUUUUACAGGAGGAAGAAGAACUAGCAUUUUUGAAGAAAAACUCUCCUUAUUUCCCAAAGGUCAUUGGGGCUGAAAAGAGGAUUAAAAAAUAUAGUGACUUCAAGGUCUUGAAGAAUUUGGGCCAGGGCGCCUAUGGUAAGGUUGUGUUUGCCCAAUAUAAGAAAGAUCACUUAUACAAAGACUGCUUGAAAGCAAUUUUCAAAGAACGUAUCUUGGUUGAUACUUGGGUGCGUGAUAGACAGCUGGGCACAGUACCAAGUGAGAUUCAGAUUUUAUAUGCGUUAAACAAACACCCGCAUGCUAACAUCAUGCGUAUAAUUGACUAUUUUGAGGAUGAUAAUUGCUACUAUUUGGAAACUUUACAGCAUGGAUCGCAGGGUUCUGGUGCCGUUGACUUAUACGACAUAAUCGAAGUGAAAAAAGACAUGACAGAAUACGAGGCCAAAUACAUUUACUACCAGGUGGUUUCAGCGCUCACCCAUAUGCACUCUAGAGGGAUUGUACAUAGGGACAUCAAAGACGAGAACAUAAUUGUCGACAAAGACUACUUUGUCAAGUUGAUAGACUUCGGCAGUGCUGCCUGGGUGAAAGACGGACCAUUCGGGGUUUUUGUCGGUACCAUUGAUUACGCUGCUCCGGAAGUUUUGAAUGGUCAGCCGUACGAGGGAAAAUCGCAAGAUGUAUGGGCUAUGGGGAUUUUACUAUACACAUUGAUCUUCAAGGAGAAUCCUUUCUGCAGUGUCGACGAGAUUCUCGAUGGUGAAGUGAAGUUCCCACAGUACUCCGACGUCAGUCCGGCAUGUCUCGAGUUGAUCCGCAAGAUCCUUGUCACGGAUAUCACCAGAAGGCCAACCAUGCAGGAAAUCAAGGAUGAUCCCUGGCUGUACGGGUUCAGCUGAUUGGACUCCCAUGGCGAUCGCUUAUGUAUAUACGAAACUAAAUUAGAGAUACACGAUAAUGAAACUUAACAAUUUGCCAGCUGUUUAGCACCUUUGGAG